AUGGACCGUUCCCGGACCCUCCAAGCGCAAAUCUUCGACCCCGUCAAAACAGCAUGCGACGCAUUGAAUCUGCCCCUCCUGCCGACCUACCUGCCUGGAAUCGUGGUGACCUUCUCGGCAUACCACCUCCUCUACACGUCCGUGGGCCCAUGGCUGUCGACCGCUUUGUUCCCCAAGUCCUACCCCACGCUUCGGGGCAGGCAGAAACUCAACUGGGAUGAGAAUCUCGUGUCGUUCGUCCAGGCGAUCGUGCUGUGCGUGGCUGCCGGCCAGGUCGUGCUGUUCGACCGCGAGAGACAGCGCAUGACCUGGCAGGAGCGCGUGUGGGGGUACACGGACCCGACCGCUGUGGUGUUGACGAUCGGAAACGGCUACUUCUACUGGCACUUGAUGAUGAUGCUGCGGUAUAGGCGGGUGUUUGGAUGGGCGAUGGUCGCGCACGCGGUGGCCGUGUCGUUCCUCAUGACGAGUGGAUAUCGCCCUGCAUUCAUGACGUAUGCGCCGGCGUCGUUUCUGUUCGAGUUCUCGACCAUCUUUCUGGACAUUCAGGCGGUGCUGCGGCUGUUGCAGAUGGAGGGCACACCCAUACAGAUCGCCAACGGGUUGGCGUUCUUUGUCUCGUUCUUCCUGUCGCGUAUCCUGUAUGGGAAUUAUCUCCAGUCGUGGUUCUACCUCGACAUUUGGCGCGCGUAUGUCGUCGACGAGGCUGACAUACCCGUGGGGCAUGAUCGCAUCCCGACGUGGUUGCUGGCGGGGCACGCUCUCUCGGCCAUCGUGUUGGGGGCGUUGAAUCACAUGUGGUUUUACAAGAUUGGCAGGACGGUGUAUCGGAAGUUGUUUGCAGAGAAUGUUGCCAAGGAGUGA